AGCGUUAGUGCAACAUUGCAUAGGUACGAAGCUGAACCCGUUCCACUCGAAUUUUGCAAAGUGUUGCUUCUUCACGUCACAUUGCUAACGAACUAUUGAACAACAAAAACAAAGGCAGAAUACAGAAGCACGAUCGACAAAACGCAUCCGAACGACUAGGUGCCUUUGUUAAUUACAUACAUACACUCUCCCAACUCGUACCUUCAUCCCUGGUAGUGUCAAAUCCAAACACCAGGGUCAGACCAGAAGAAGUAUACAAGAACAAGCAUCGCGAUUUUCAAGUAGUUGUUGUCACCAUGAUUGCGAAAUCUCUCUCGAUACUUGUGUUUGUUUUUCUAUCCGAAAGCAUGGGCUUUGUUGUUGCUGAUGUGGUUUCCAUUGCGAUGGAGAACCCAAUUGCUCACCAACAGCGAUGCACGUCGCGAACUUUUUCUCGGACAGAGGGUGGCGCCAUGAUUGUGGCCCCUCUUUUCGAUGACAAGAAUGCAACAGACGAUGACGAAACGGACGGUGUCGGCGACUGGGAUGCCCUCUAUCCGUUCUGCCCAGAUGGCUAUUAUUGCGACCUGUCGGAAGAAACAGACAAAGACGGGGCUAGCUUUGUACUAGGGCUUUGCAGGCCGUGCUCUGGGAGUUUCGACGCAUGCGAGCCUGAUCCCGCCCUCACCGAAGGCACCGGCAGCGAGGCAUCUACGGAGUAUUUUAUGGGACAAGCGGUCGCCGCGGAGUGCAAAGCUCAGUGCGGGACGGAAACGAACACGUGUUCGUUCACGAAACCAUGCUCCAAUGGUUUGUUUUGCAACUUCGAGAACGGCAUCAAGGGUGGCCGCUGCGAGGGGUGCCCCGUUCACAUGUACUUUUGUGAAAACGAAAACCGUGAAAACCUCGGCCAGAACCUCAAGAACCUCACAGACGAUGGAGUUUUCGCCUGUCAAUCGUCGUGUAGUGUGAAUUGCAACCCCGAGGGUGCGCUCAGGAUCACGGAGCAAGCACCAGAAACUUCCGAUCGAGAAGAGGAUACUAAAGCUAUUGACGACGUGGUGAUACUAUUUGGAUCACCGCAGAUGACCGCAACCGGUCCGAUUGUGAACUGCGGAUUGGGUUUGGAGCCGUGCGAAGGCGCAGCAGGCGCAGUUUGUUUUAUAGAGCGUGGUAAAGCCCCAUUUUCCAACAAGACUAUUAACUGUUACGAAGGAGGUGGUGUUGCCGCUGUAAUUUACAACGUAGAGGCGAAAUGCGACAAUAUUGACGGAACUUUUAAUGGACGUGAGACUUUCAUCCCAACCGUAACGUUGAGGCACAUUGAUGGGAAAUCUAUACUGAAACAAGUCGCUGCAAUGCCAGAAGGAACACAUUUGCUAGCUACAGUUGAGGUUGGUGGCAUCGAUAGAUCUCCCGGAGACUGUUGGCUAGGUUGCACCGAGGGCAAUGAAUGCGAAGGAACGGAUUUGGAGUGCAAUUUCGACAACAUCGAGUACGGUGAUUGCAGAGCGACGGAGUUUCGAGUCGAUUGCAAUCAAAUGUUUACAGACGGUCUUACUGGACACUUGCCGUGCACUUCUGAGACAGAAUUCUGCGACUUUAGCAAGGGGAGAAGAGGCUUCUGUGCCCAGUGUCCCGAAACCGAUGCGGACUGUUUCUUUCUCGACCUGAACGGUCAAGGAGCAACAGAGUGUGUCGCGAAAUGUUUCACCAGUCCUGUAGAGCAAACGGAACUGCGGUCUGCACCAUGCAAAUUCUGUCCGAGGGGACAAUUUGAAAUCGGAGAUGUUGGAGAUGGUUACUUUUCAACCGAAAAGGAUGUGGAGGUGGAAACUCCCUGCCAAUUUUGCGCGGCCAAAUCUGAAGCAACCUGUGCCGACGUCGAAAAUUGGGACAUGGAGUAUCCAUACCGGACGUAAGUUGGUUUUGAUCUUCCGGGAGUUUAGUUUGAUAAACAAUUUUUGUUGCGGUUUCAUUGCUAACUAUUUACUUAUGUAUGAUUUUUCUCUCAGGAUUGAAAUGUUCCCAGAUGUUUAUGUCGAAUGCUGGGCAGUAGCCGAGUUUUACCGUAGGAUGAACAUAGAGGCAGAUACUCCAGAGUGUGCAUCUGGCAGAAGCUGGAACUACAUUUGUGGCUGCAGUGACUCACUCGGAUAUGCAGGAGCAAAAACCAAGAAGAAACAACUCAUGUUGGAAUGGUUCCCACGAGUUGGAGCUAUAUUAUCCAUUUUGGUAAGAGCCCCGAUCUUGUGAAGUUUUUAUACAAGUGUUUGUUGCAUUUUUCAAGACCGGAAUUUUCAUGUAACACGUUCUUUUUCGCCUUCUUCAUGCAAUUUUUCGAAAUACGUAGGGGUCUUCCUUUAUGAUCAUUGGUGUCCUGAGAGAUAAGCAAAAGCGCAAGAGAGUGAUAGGCGAACUCAUCAUUUUCUUAUGCUGCUUUGAUAUCAUCGGUUCAAUUGCAUAUGCAUUUACAACAUUGCCGACUCCCAAAGAGGAUUAUAUCCUACAUUCGCAAGGGAACGAAGCUUCGUGCAUUGCGCAGGGCUUUUUCAUCCAACUCGGCACAAUAUCUUUGUACAUGAAUGUAUCGAUAGCCUUUUACUAUCUUUUGAUCAUCCAAUAUUCGUGGAGAGAAAAUAGAUUGAGGCAGAGCUGGGCGUAUUCCAUGCUUUUUGUUGUACCUAUUUUGGUUGGUGCCAUAUUUGCAUUUGCUGGGAUUCCCUAUUAUGACAAUACUGUGUUGUGGUGCAACAAUUCAAGAUCAUAUUGGUCUGAGAUUCCGGUGAUGGUUGCUAUUGCAAUUGCAACGGUGAUAAUGAUCAACUUAUGUUGGUUUGUGUACAAAUCGGAGCGUGCUUCGCGGCGUUUUCGACGACACAGCGAAAAUGAACGUGAAUCGCUGUCGAGAGCAUUUUUCUUCCAGUCGAUGGUGUACCUUGGUGCCUUUUAUUUGACGUGGCCGGCAUAUCUUUCUCUACAACUCAUGAUUGGUUAUGGCAAAGCCUUUUCUUCGUAUGGACAAUUUCUGUUCGCGGGAACAGCGCUUACUCUGCAGGGCUUCUGGAAUUUUCUCUUCCAUACGGGCCUGCACUAUCGAACUGCAGUGAAGGAAUUGUCCCGUGUGUGGUCAACUGUCAGAAACAGCAGCAUAAUGCAAAGCAGUUUUCUUCGCAACCGAAGCGCCCUCUUCACACCAAAAAGCCAGGUCGAAGAACAUGUCGAAGAACAUGUUUCGAAGGCUCCUGCCUCUGAAAACCCGCCGGCCUUGUAAUAGUAUGAAGUACCAGCCGUGGUUCAGUCAUACAAUGAGUGCUUUCGGGGUUAUUCGUGAUAAUUUCUAUGUACUGAUUGAUAACGUUUGACAGUCGGUCUGAGCAACGUCUAUGGGAUACCAUGGUUUCACUUCCGAUUCAUAAUAUUUGUACACAACCCAAUAUAUUUUUUAAAUUUAG